AUGUCUUCAGAGUCCCCUCAGGUGGACGUGACGCCGUCCCGGCCGCUAUCAGGCGAGCCAAAUCCCGCCGAGGCUGGUGACAGUGCCAAAAGGAAAGCGGAACAGGCCAACGGAACCCACACGCGCUCCAAGCGGAAUCGCUACAUCUCCAUCGCCUGUAAUGAAUGCAAGCGUCGCAAAAUCAAGUGUAAUGGUCAAGUGCCGUGCCAGCGCUGUGGGCAUCUCAAUCUUGAAUGCCGAUAUGCGCCGAAUUGUUGCAACAACAAUUUCAAGGACUCCGAGGAAUUCCGGUCGAUGAAAGAUCAAAUCACCGCUCUCCAAGACCAGGUCAACAGCCUUUUUACUAGUCUCAACGAUCUCCGAUCCCAACGAUCUUCUCUCGGCUCCCCAGGACUCGAGAACUUUUCCCGAGAUGGCUCGCAAUCGGUCUUCACCCCGAUGCAAGUUGGCCUGCCUAAACCACGCAUAAGACACCCCCGGUUCCAAGGGCCCACGAGCUCUGCCUUCAACUUUGACGUGGCAAGAUCUAGUCUGCAGAACAUGGGCAUCGCCCCUGCAGAAGAGGUCAUCACGGAUGACCUUACCACCGCGCAUGCUACGCCCGCCGGAUCGCCUCCUCGUGUGGCUCCAUUGGUCCCCUCUAUACAUCCGACCAAGGAUCCCAUAUGGGCCAUCAAUCGAGCGGAUGCUCUGCGUCUCUGUCGGAUCUACGAAGAAGAAAUUGGCAUCAUGUAUCCGCUCGUAGAGAUCGACAAGGUUACCCGUCAGGUUAACCUGCUUUACACAUUCAUGGAGGCCGCAACCCGCACUGGAUUUGCCCAGCGGGGACUUCCUGGAUCGGACGGUCUUCAGGAUGAUAACACAAAUAUCUUGAAGAUGAUCAUUGCGACGACACUAAUUGUCGAGGGCGGCGGGCAGAGCGACCUCGGUCAGCGUCUGUAUCUGAGCGUGAAGCCCGUCAUCGAAGCUAAACUUUGGGAGCCGCUGAACAUCAAGUCAAUCCAGCUUUUAGGGAUGGCGGCAACGUAUCAUUUCCACACCGACGACGAUGCCAUGGCCUACCGCGUCAUCGGCCUUGCAGCGCGCAUGUGUCUCGAGAUGGGCCUACACCGACGAGACGCGCUGGCUAAAUCUUUUCCGGAUGAGGAGCAGUGGCCGGAAAUCGUCCGCAUCUUCUGGGCCAUCUACACCCUGGACAGGCGCUGGAGCUUCGGGACUGGAUUGCCCUUCGUCAUUCAAGACGAGGACAUCGAUCCCAGCCUACCUGAGCCGGAUGCAUCCAUGCCCUACUUAAGGUGUAUGGUUUCGUAUAACCGCAUUAGCUCCAAGAUCUGGUACUCCGGGCUAGGCUCGGAGGGGAUGACCGAUGUGCGACGGGACGAGAUUGGUUAUCUGGACUAUCAAAUUCUCCAGUGGUACAAGCAGGUGCCAGACACCCUCAAAUUCUAUCCCGUGGAGUCUCCCAAGCACGAGUCAGCUAGUCGGGGACUUCGACGGUUGCGGGUGCUUGUGUACCUUCGCAUGAACCAGCUUCGCAUCCUCAUCUAUCGUCCGAUCCUUCACUCAGCGGCCAGUAUCGCCGAGGACAAAGGACAUGCCCAAACGGUGGUCGACGUCGCCAAGGACACUGUCCGCGUACUGACGCGGCUGAACCAGACUUCUGACAUCUACCGCACCCAACAGAUCACCUUCAACUACUUCCUUGUCGCUGCGCUAGCUGUUCUCUUCCUGGCCGUGUGCCAUGCACCGAAUGAAUUCAACCGGCAAGUGCGAGAUGAGUUCUACAUGGCGCUUGAUCUGGUCAAUGGCUUCAGUACAAAAUCGUACGUGUCGAAACGAUUGUGGAAGACCAUCAAAGGGCUCCGCAAAAUCGGCGAGCGACUCGGCAUGCUGGUGCGUCCAUUCGGGUCUGACUCGAACGAUCCGCAUUCGACGGCAGCGGUCGCUAUGGCUGGCUUAGCCGGUCACCCAAUCGAGGACAUCUCGAUGUACGGGCCCGUGAAUGCGAUGGAAUUGGGGAACAGUCCGUUGAACGGACUGCAAAUGAGCCAGGAGCUCACCAAUCUAUUCGAGGCCGUUGGGGGAUUCGGCAAUUUCAUUGCACCCAACGCGAGCCACGACGGUAUGCACAAUUUUGUUGGUCACGACGGAGAGAUUCAAAACACGGGCGAAGGAUUGUCUGGCGUUUUGGGGGAUGAAGGGGAGUUCGCUCGCGUCAUCCGAGAUCUAUUUUGA